UAUUGUUUUUCACCUCGAUCUUUUUUGUCCCCACAUCACAAAGCGUGCGGAUGCGUUGCCGAUAGGUUAACUGCGCUCAGAGAUUUGAGGUUCGCGACUCGGCGUACCUUCCCCUUCUACCUUCCCCCCACUGCCUUCGCACUUCAUUCCCCGUCUGCCCCGAGCCUUCGGCGUUUCUCUUCAUGACCUGAGUCACAUUGCUCCCACUUGUUUGUCAACUGCCCGGAAUGGCUUUUCCCGCGUCGCCAGUUUUCCCCCGGCGUCCCAGGCCGAUCCCGGAGAGCCCACCUCGACGCGGCAACAUCGACCCGUUCAGCAUAGACGACGAAGACGAGGUCGACGACGACGAUCAGAUUAGUGUCAUUUCACAGUCACCGUACUUCGUUACACAACCCACGCAGAUCGUAGAGCGGUCUGCGAUCAAGCCCAAGCCAGCCACCCUCCAUUCCUCAUCGCCGUCGAAGAUCGAGGUACCAGCGUCGUCGCCGUUCAAACCCCAGUCCCAAAGAAAUGGCGGCCGACUAGCCAACUUGAUGGCUCCUGCUGGGACUUCUUUCAAGCCUCCUGCACGACAGGCCGCGCCGGUGCCGAAAACGGGGGCCAAGCGAGAUUUUAUUAUGAUAUCGGAUGAUGAACUCGACACACCAAUCUAUGCAGGCGGCGAUUCUUCCGACGACAAUAAACCUGCACGCGGCGACAUAAAGCCAUCCUCCUUUCGACGUAAGGAGUCGGGUUCUAUUGGUUCAAUAGCGCAAAACCAUGUGUCAGGAAAAAACCCCUUGAAAUAUACCAAUGUCGGAAGCCCAAUUACAAGCCCAACAAAACCAUAUGCGCCUGAGAAGGAUUUGGUCACCAUCUCGACCCUGUCGUCUUCUCAAAGCAGUCUGGAGUCAUUUCCACCAAUCCUUGUGGCAAAGCCAGCACGCAGGCGUCUUGUACAAGGACGUCGAAACCGCAGUCCAUCGAAUUCACCCGUAAAAGUGAAACGGCCUUCAGCUCCGCCUUCACGGGCUGUCAUUGAAAUACCAAGCGACGACAGCGCCGAUGACGACCGCGACGACGACUUUAAGAACACCAAGGCGUCGCCAGAACCAUCAUCGCCAACGAAAGGACGAUUCGAGGAUUCUGAAUUUGGGGAGCGUGUCCUGCAGUAUCUCAACACCUGCGAUACUGUUCAACUAAUGGCCAUUGCUAAUAUUAAAGAAGAGAGCGCAAAGCUCAUGGUGGCACGACAGCCCUUCGCGGACCUCCAAGAUGCGACGCGCGUCUCGAUGUCACAAAAAAAGAACCGCAAGAAGUCUGCGAAAGUGAGCAUCGGGGAAGAAGUUGUGUCGGCUGUUAAGUCCUAUGCUCGAGCAUUAGACGGGAUCGACCACGUCAUUGAAGUUUGCGAAGCCCAAGCAGAUUCAAUCAAGAGCACCACCUUAACGUGGAACAUCGAUAUCACGGGACACCCACGAGCCGACACUCGUACCGGUGGUAGUUUUACACCCAUGAGCAUUGAGGAGUCCUCCAAACUGGUCGAUCUCCCAUUAAAACAGCCAAAGAAAAUGAAGGGACACUGCACUAUGAAGCCUUUUCAGGUCUACGGUCUCAACUGGCUGUACCUACUGUACGAGCGUCAAUACGGCGGAAUUCUUGCAGAUGACAUGGGCUUGGGCAAAACAUGUCAAAUAAUUUCACUGAUGUGCUCAAUUAUCGAAGACUGGGAAUCCCAGGACAACGAAGGGCUAGCCAGACCUUGGCCAAAUCUCAUUUUUGUCCCGCCAUCAACUCUUGCAAAUUGGAAGGCGGAGUUUAAGAGGUUUGCUCCAAGCAUCAAUGUUACGGUCUAUCAGGGAUCUCAAGCGGUGCGCGACGAGAUCGCGUAUGAUAUCCUGGAGGACCCGACUGAGCACCACGUGGUCUUGACCUCGUAUACACAAAUAUCGCGUCAAGAAGAUAUUUCCAAUCUUCGCCGUCUUAAGCCCAUGGCUGCCAUAUUUGACGAGGGGCACAAGAUGAAGAACCCAAAGACGAAGCUGUAUAAAGAUUUGAUUCGAAUCACGGCAUCUUGGAGGCUCAUCCUUUCGGGGACUCCUGUCCAAAACAAUCUCAUGGAAAUGAUUGCUUUACUGCAGUUUGUGGAGCCCGAACUCUUUAGGGAUCAUUUUGAAGACCUGGAGGCCUUGUUCAACCAGAAGGCGUCGCUUGUGGCAGUCUCCCAAGGAGCAUUGCUGCACAGCGAGCGAGUGGCUCGGGCGCGGACAAUUCUUGAGCCUUUCAUACUCCAGAGGCGAAAAGAACAGGUUCUCAAGGACUUACCUCCCAAGACGGCUCGCGUAGAGUACUGCGCAAUAGACGGCACUCAAAAGGCCAUCUAUCGCGACUACGAGAGACGUUUCAAGAAGGUUGACUUGGCUGAGUCAAUGGCCCAAAGCAAGGCGGGACGCGAAAAUGACAACAACAACGUCUGGAUUCAAUUGCGGAAAUCGGCCAUCCAUCCGCAGCUGUUUCGACGCUACUUUUCCGAUAAGGAUGUCGAGGCUAUGGCCAAAUUGUUGAUGAAAAAGAUACCGCAAUCGGAACUCAGGCAACCCAAGAUCGAGCAUCUUGUGAACGAGCUCAAAGCGCUCUCUGAUUUCGAGAUUCACCUGUGGUGUCGAGACUACAAGUGUAUCGAGAAAUACGACAUCCCUGACGGCUCUUGGAUGGAGUGUACGAAGGUGCGGACACUCCUCGCCCUGAUCCGGAAAUACCAGAAAAACGGAGAUCGUGCCCUGGUUUUCACCAGAUUCGCGAAAGUCAUCGAGAUCCUCGGCGAAAGCCUGGCGUCUGAGGGGAUUCGAUAUCUCUCGUUGCAGGGCAACACUGACGUGAGCGAGAGACAAGAGCUCAUCAAUGAGUUCAGCGAGGAUGACUCAAUCCCUGUGUUCUUGCUCACUACAGGGUCUGGGGGUACUGGAAUCAACCUCACAGCAGCGAACAAGGUGAUAAUAUUUGAUCAAAGUGAUAAUCCUCAGGAUGAUUUGCAAGCCGAGAAUCGCGCCCAUCGACUCGGCCAGACCCGCCCCGUCGAGGUUAUAAGACUGAUCAGCAAGGACACGAUAGAGGAGCUUGUUUAUAAAGCUUGCCAGAAAAAGCUCGAGUUGGCUAACAAGGUCACUGGCUGGUCGACAGCCGAAAUGUCGGCGUCCGAAAUGGAGGCCGCGGUGCGAGAACAAAUGAAGAAUCACGCCGCCGAAACCCCGCCGAGUGAGACUUAAACAGUUCCGAGGCCUGGUUUUGCCUCAGGACCGACAGCCAUGAAGCCGGCGGCGACCGUGUUUCUUGUUUGGGGGCGAACAGCUCCACACAUCCGCAGUUACGUUACUCAUGUCUUCUUGCGGUCCAACGGCGGAUCUCAAGUUGUAUAUUGUAUUCUUAUCCGCAUGCGUUCUUUCGGCUUCUACAUUGUACGUCUCUGGCAGCAUGGAAAUGAGAUGCCCGAUGAAUGGGCUCUCGUUUUGUUUCUUACUUCCCUUGGGUCUGUUUUCUCGUUGCGGCUUCGGACCUAGAAUUAGAGAUAUACCCCAUACAAUGCCAUAAAAGACGGGUGGUAGGUAACUGGUCGUAUAUUCUACGUCUUUGCGUUGCCUUUUAGAAGCUGUUGCUUGGUUAGAGGA